AGGACCUGGCCAGCAGAAUCAUCUCACACAUAAAGACAUCAAGGAGCCUCCACAUCAUGUGCCACAUUCCAGUCUUCUGUUGGAUUUCUGCAACAGUCCUUGAACACAUGCUGAAACAUAAGAGAGAAGAGAUGCCCAAGACUCUGACUGAGAUGUACACACACCUUGUGGUGUUUCAUACCAAACAGAAGAAUGAAAAGUAUCUUGGGAAAGAAGAGACAGGUCCACACUGGAAUAUGGAGAGCAUUCUGUCAAUGGGAAAACUGGCUUUUCAACAGCUUGUCAAGGGCAAUCUGAUUUUCUAUGAAGAAGACAUUAGUGAAGCUGGCAUUGAUGUCAAUGAAGCCUCGGUGUACUCAGGAUUGUGCACACAGCUCUUUAAAGAGGAAUGUGGGCUGUACCAGGUCAAGGUGUAUUGCUUCGUGCAUCUGAGCAUUCAGGAGUUUCUGGCUGCUGUAUAUGUGUUCCUCUCAUUCAUCAACAACAAUGAGAAUCUCAUGGACAAACUGCAAACAAAAGACGAGCCUGAAGUUACUUUCUACAAGAGUGCUGUGGAUAAAGCCUUACAAAGUGAGACAGGAAACCUGGACCUGUUCCUCCGCUUCCUUCUGGGCCUCUCACUGGAGUCCAAUCAGAAGCACUUACGAGGUCUACUGACAAAGACAAGAAGCAGCUCACAGAACCAUGAAGAGACAGUCAAGUACAUCAAGGAGAAGAUCAGGGAGAAUCCCUCUCCAGAGAGGUGCAUCAAUCUGUUCCACUGUCUGAAUGAACUGAAUGACCAUUCUCUAGUGGAGGAGAUCCAAAGCUACCUGAGAUCAGGAAGUGUCUCUAGAGCCGGCCUAUCACCUGCACAGUGGUCAGCUCUGGUCUUUGUGUUGCUGACUUCAGAAAAGGAGCUAGAUGUGUUUGACCUGAAGAAAUACUCCAGAUCAGAGGAAGGUCUUCUGAGGCUGCUACCAGUGGUCAAAGCCUCCAGAGCUGUUCUAAUGUCAGGCUGUGGAGUCACAGAGGAAGGCUGUGCUUCUCUGGUCUCAGCUCUGAGGUCAAACCCCUCACACCUGAGAGAGCUGGACCUGAGUAACAAUGACCUGAAGGAUUCAGGAGUGAAGCUGCUCUCUGCUGGACUGGGGGAUCCCCACUGUAAACUGGAGACUCUGAGGCUGUCAGACUGUCUAGUCACAGAGGAAGGCUGUGUUUCUCUGGUCUCAGCUCUGAGGUCAAACCCCUCACACCUGAGAGAGCUGGACCUGAGUAACAAUGACCUGAAGGAUUCAGGAGUGAAGCUGCUCUCUGCUGGACUGGGGAAUCCCCACUGUAAACUGGAGACUCUGAGGCUGUCAGGCUGUCUAGUCACAGAGGAAGGCUGUGCUUCUCUGGUCUCAGCUCUGAGGUCAAACCCCUCACACCUGAGAGAGCUGGACCUGAGCUACAAUCACCCAGGAGACUCAGGAGUCAGGCUGCUCUCUGCUGGACUGGAGGAUCCACACUGCAGACUGGAGAAACUCAAUGUGGAACAUGGUGGAGAGAACACAAUGAAACCUGGGCUUAGAAAAUAUGUCUGUGAUCUCACACUGGACCCAAACACAGUAAACAGACACCUCUCUCUGUCUGAGGAGAACAGAAAGGUGACAUGUAGGAGAGAGGAGCAGCCGUAUCCUGAUCACCCAGAGAGAUUUGAGGACUGUAGACAGGUGCUGUGUAGAGAGGGUCUGACUGGGCGCUGUUACUGGGAGGUAGAGUGGAGUGUGAGAAGGUCUGAUAUAGGAGUGACAUAUAAAGGAAUCAACAGGAGAGGAGUGGUUGAGGAAUGUGGUCUUGGAUACAAUGACAAGUCCUGGAGUCUGGACUGCUCUGACAACAGUUACAUUGCCUGUCACAAUAAUAAUGACACUACCAUAGACGUCCCCUCCUCCAGCUCCCACAGAGUAGGAGUGUAUCUGGACUGGCCAGCCGGAACUCUGUCCUUCUAUAGAGCUUCCUCUGACACACUGACCCACCUGUACACAUUCCACACCACAUUCACUGAGCCCCUCUAUCCAGGGUUUAGGGUUUAUGAUGACUCCUCAGUGUCCCUGUGUCAGGUUGUCCCUGUGUCAAACACAACAUGAUGUUUCACUCUAAUCAGGGUCAUGUUCAGUAAGACACACUAGAGCAACAAUGUAGAAUAUCUCUCUAGUCAUGUUCAGUAAGACACACUGGAGCAACAAUGUAGAAUAUCUCUCUAGUCAUGUUCAGUAAGACACACUGGAGCAACAAUGUAGAAUAUCUCUCUAGUCAUGUUCAGUAAGACACACUGGAGCAACAAUGUAGAAUAUCUCUCUAGUCAUGUUCAGUAAUUGAUCGCAAUAUGACAGUACAGUUCAGUUGAACAGGAAGCUUUUAUGAUCACACACACACUCACUAAUCAUUCUGUUUCUACUACUGUAUGAUGCUGUAAACACACACACUCACUAAUCAUUCUGUUGCUACUACUGUAUGAUGCUGUACACACUCACUAAUCAUUCUGUUACUACUACUGUAUGAUGCUGUACACACUCACUAAUCAUUCUGUUGCUACUACUGUAUGAUGCUGUACACACACACUCACUAAUCAUUCUGUUUCUACUACUGUAUGAUGCUGUACACACACACUCACUAAUCAUUCUGUUGCUACUACUGUAUGAUGCUGUACACACUCACUAAUCAUUCUGUUACUACUACUGUAUGAUGCUGUAAACACACACGUACACAUGGAUUUAGUGUUGUAGAUACAGUUGAAGUCGGAAGUUUACAUACACCUUAGCCAAAUACAUUUAAACUCAGUUUUUCACAAUUCCUCACAUUUAAUCCUAGUCUUAGGUCAGUUAGGAUCACCACUUUAUUUUAUGAAUGUGAAAUGUCAGAGUGAUGGUAGAGAGAAGGAUUUAUUUCAGCUUUUAUUUCUUUCA